ACAACAUCUGUUUUUGUUUCUCUCUCUAGAAUCUCACUUGAAAAGAAAUAGCAGAGUAUUCUUUGAGUUUCAAGCUGGCGAUCGAAAAUCAAGAAUCCACUGUCCGUGAAAUCAAGCCUAAGAACAGAAGAAUCAUGGGAGCUGUUGGACCUGAUGAAGAAGACAACACGUGGCCGCCAUGGCUGAAACCUUUGUUGAGAGAGCAAUUCUUCGUUCAAUGCAAGCUUCAUAUUGAUUCUCACAAGAGUGAAUGUAAUAUGUAUUGCUUGGAUUGUAUGAAUGGCUCCCUCUGUUCUUGCUGUCUGGCUUAUCACAGGGAUCAUCGUUAUAUUCAGAUAAGGAGAUCAUCUUACCAUGAUGUAAUAAGAGUAUCGGAGAUACAAAAGUACCUGGACAUAUCUGGAGUUCAAACGUAUGUAAUAAACAGUGCUAAGGUUGUCUUCCUCAAUGAAAGGCCUCAGCCAAGGCCUGGAAAAGGUGUCAUCAACACUUGUGAGGUCUGUGAUCGAAACCUUGUGGAUUCCUUCCGCUUCUGCUCUCUCGGUUGCAAGAUAGUUGGGACAUCAAAGAAUUUCCAGAAGAAGAAGAGGCAAAUGGCAAUGGAAUUUGACUCUAAGGAUUCAUACAGCAGCAGUAGCCAUGGAAAAUCUAACAAGAACCAAGUGAGAAGCUUUAGUCCUUCAACACCCCCUCCGACUUCGGUUAAUUACAGAAGUGCCAAGCGUAGAAAGGGUACACCCCACCGAGCCCCAAUGGGAGGACUAAUCAUACAAUAUUAGCCUUAAAUUAUAG